CGUAGCGUGACAUCAUCAGUAGGCGCUGCCCCCCGAGCUGAUCAGACCAGAUCGCGUCUUGACAAUACCUUCAUCGGACAUAACUGAAGCUUUUCAUAUGGCAAUGCUGCGACACUGCUUCACCAGAUACAUUGCUGCUGGUCUUUUAGAUCCUGGUCAGUUCUUUCUCCUGUCCUCGCUGAGGUUUGCAUCCAAGAAGGCUGGUGGGAGCAGCAAGAACCAUGGUGGGAAGAGUGCUGGCAAAAGAUACGGCCUCAAGAAGCAAGAUGGAAACUUUGUCCAUGCUGGCAACAUCCUGGCAACACAAAGGCUGCUGAGGUACCACCCAGGAGCGCAUGUUGGGAUGGGAACCAAUAGCACUCUAUAUGCGCUUGAAGAUGGUUGCAUCAAAUUCACCAAGGAGGUCUACAUCCCCCACCCUCGCAGUGUGGAGACGAGCCAGAUAAUCACCAAGCUUGCCAAUGGAUCUUUGCUUUACAAAACAUUCAUCAACAUUAUUCCAGUCAAGCAAGAACCCACCUUCAAACUGGUUAGCAUGGUCUAAACUCUAAACCCUCAUGUGAGGACAAAAAACAAUAGCUUCUGGUUAAAUGCCACAACACUGAAUUCA